AGCCAGCUCAAAGUGCCACGACUCCAUUUAAAGGAAGAGGAUUCCCAGACGGACUGCCUGAAAGAGAUAAUUUUGGGAAAUAGCUGCAUAUUUGACUUCAGAUUGAAAGAAAUUCAACGACAAAAUCCGUGCUUCUUCAACCGCCUCCAGAAGCGGUCUACAGUAGCUACAUCAGCAGGUAUAUAUAAAUAAUAAGGACAGCUAACCCGUCAUAGUGGUCAUCAUGGAUGUGUAUGACCCUCAGACGCUAGGCAUUAUGGUAUUUGGAGGCUUCAUGGUCAUCUCAGCCCUCGGCAUCGUCCUGGUCUCCACCUUCUCCAUGAAGGAGACCUCGUAUGAGGAGGCUCUGGCCCAGCAGCGUAGAGAGCUGGGCAAGAUGGCGCCUCCCAGCCAACUGACCAAGAAGGAGAAGAAGAAGGACAAGGUAUCUGAGAAGAAGAACCGUGGUAAGAAGAAGGAAGACAAGCCCAAUGGGAAGCUGCCAGAAUCGGAACCAGAGGAGGUCCCAGUGGCCGAACCUGAACCAACCCCAGCCCCAGAAAUAGUCACUGCUCCUGCCCCUGCCCCUGAACCAACCACUCACCAUGCUCCAGUUCCCACUGCCGUAGAGGCCCCACCUGCCCCUGCACCAAAGGAGAAGAAGAAGAAGGAGAAGAAGGUGGCUAAGGUAGAGCCAGCUCAGGUGGCCACCACCCCCAUUGCCCCCUCCAAGCCUGCACCAGUCCUGGAGGCUGUCACCAAGGAGGUCCCCGUGAUGGCAGUGCCCCCAGUGGGCUCCCAGCAGACUGCAGCCAAGGCUCAGGAGGCCAAGGCUCAGGAGGCCAAGGCUCAGGAGGCCAAGGCUCAGGAGGCCAAGGCUCAGGAGGCCAAGGCUCAGGAGGCCAAGGCUCAGGAGGCCAAGGCUCAGGAGGCCCAGAACUCUUCUAAGAAGAAGGUAUCUUCCAAGAAAAAAGCUGAGUCUGCCAUAGCAGUGGACUCUGGUCUGGAUUCCCCCCUGUACCUGCCCUACAGGGCCCUGGUCUCUACUGUUAGCAGUAUGGUGAUCAGUCAGGGAGAGGCCCAGCGCCUCAUAGAGAUCCUGUCUGACAAGGCUGGCAUCAGACAAGACACCUGGCACAUGGCUACUCAGAAGGGCGACCCGGUGGCUGUGAUGAAGAAACAGUUAGAGGAGAAUCAGAAACAGCUGGCAACUCAGCAAGAGGACGCCACCGCAGCCAAGAACAGACUGAGGGAACUCACCAAGGAGCUGUCUGCUGAGAAGUCCAAGGUGGCCAGUGUGGAAACCAGGCUGAGUUCCCAGCUCUCGUCCAGGGAGCAAGAGAUGAUCGCUCUGCAGGCUCGGAUGCAGGCCUCCUACCAGGACCACGUAGCACAGACACAGAAACUCACCGCCAAGGUCAUCAGUCUUCAGGAGCAGUUGGAGUCAGGUCCCACUGCCCAGCUGGCUUGUCUGCAGCAAGAGAACUCCAUCCUCAGAGAUGCCUUGAACCAGGCCACCAGCCAGGCAGAGAGCAAACAGAAUGCAGAGCUUGCCAAGCUGAGACAGGACUGUGCCAGACUGACCAAGGAGCUGGGGGAGAGGAGUGAGAGCCUUCAAGCUGAUGAGAAGGUCAAGAGAGGGCUGGAGACUAAGGUGUCUUCUGUAGAGAAACAACUUACUCUACUGCAGGCCAGCCGUGUAGAGAGUGAGCAGGUGCUGCAGAGGAGGCUGGAGGAGAUUAGUGAGGAGUUGAGGAGUUCACAGAGCACCCUGGAGAAAGCCCAGCAGGACUCUACCACCCUCUCAGACAUUCAGGUCCAUCUGGGCAGGAUAGAGGCUGAUCUGAAAGAGCGUAGUGCCCAGCUGGAGGCCCUAACAGCCCAGCUGGAGCAGACCGAGCUGGAGAAGGGACAACUGGAGGAUCAGGUAGAAUCCAUCAACGUACUGCUGGAGGCCAGCCACAACAGAGACGUGGACGAGGACACGGAGAUGUGGAGUUGGUCUUUUCUCAACAACACCAAUCAUUUAUCUUCCAGUCUUCAGGACAGAGACAGUCAGUUGGCAUCACUCCAACAGGAGCUGAAGCAGCUCCAAGAAAUGAAACGGGAGGCUACUGUAAGUUCUGCAGUCGCUACAGCUGAGAGAGAGCGGGCACCUAACAGUGAGGAAGCAAGCCUGGUGGCAUCACUUCAGGAAGAACUGAAGCAGCUUAAAGAAGAGAUGGAGCAACUUAAAAACUCUCCCGCUGAUGUCACUGGAGAGACUGAACAGCUGCUCAACAGAAUGAAGGAGAGAACGAGCCAGGAAGUGAAGCAACUCAAAGAAACAUCAGAGCAGGCCCAGAGCAGCACUGCUCAGUCCGACAACACCGCAGAACUGGCGGCGCUACAAACCAGGUUGUUUAUUAGUCUGGCAGAGAGGGACGCUAUGAUGGCAUCACUACAGGUGGAGCUAAGGGAAGCCAGGGACCAAUCGCAGAAGGUACAGGAGACCCUUGCUCAGGUCCAGCAGAGCCAGGAAUCAGAGCCUAGCACAGAGCUGCCGGAGCUGUUGGAGAAACUUAAGGAAGCAGAGGACAGCCACGGGACACUGCAGGCAGAGUGUGACCAGUACAGAACGGUCCUGGCUGAAACGGAAGGAAUGCUGAAGUGCCUUCAGAAGAGUGUUGAAGAGGAGGAGCUGGUGUGGAAAUCCAAGAUUGCUGACUCUGAGGACCAAUUGAAGAAGGCCCUGGAACAGGUGCACACUCUGAAGGAGACUGCAGAGAGCUUGAAGGCAGAGAACCAAAGCAUAGAACAGAUGAAGGAGCAGUUGAUGCUGUUGGAAGCCCAGUUGGAGAAACAGUCCGAGACCGCCCCGACAGAGGAGGAAAUGGCACCGUUGAAGCAGCUACUGUCAGAGUCUCAGAGUCCGCUGGAGUCAGCCCAGACGGAAGCCCAGACGCACAAGGAAGAGCUGGCUACGGUCAGAGGUCAGCUGAGCGAGGCGAUGUGUGCUCAGAGGCAGGAGGCAGUCCCUGAAACCAGGGCACAGAACAGCCAAUCAGAGCCUGAGCUCAAGGUCCAGUCCCAGUUGAAUCAGACCACAGAGGAGUUUGAACAGGCUCAGAAGACGGUUGCAGAGCUCCAGGCUCAGCUGGACCUGCUGAAAGAGGCAGGAGACUCCCCACAGGCCGACACAGAGGACGUAGCCCAGCUAAAGGUGCACCUGCAGAAAGAGAGAAAACUAAUCAAAGAUCUUGGCCAAGCAGCCACCAAACUCCAGCAGCUCUUACAGUCCACUCAGGAGCAGCUCGCCAAAGAGAGGAACAAACACUGCACACUACAGGACCACUCUGAUGAGACCAAGAGUACAGUCCUGAAGGAAGGAACAUCUGUUUAAGAGACUGAAGACAAGACAUUAAAACAUUCCAAAAAGGCCUUCAUAUGAUUCCUAUUACCAUAGUUAUGCAUUCCAAAACCAUUCUUAUUUCUUUGUACUGUAGUAGUUGAUUUCGGCAACUCCUGUAAGAAUCAAAGGACCAGUUUCCCAGACACAGAUGCAUGCUCAAUGGAGAAUCUCAAUUUAAAAUAACUUUUUAGUCCAGGACUAGGCUUAAUCAGGUCUGUGAAACCGGACCAAAAUGUUUAGCUAUUGCUAUGAACAUUUCAUUGUAUGAUCUAUGAUGAGGGAAAAAAGACUAUGCUGCAAACAAAACUUUGUUGAAGAAAAACCUCCAUUCCAUCAAUGAUUCUGGCUAUGUCAGAAGUUACACCUAAUACUAGCUUUGGUCCAGGGCAUUAGUGCACGUUCCUCCACUACGCCCUGUAUCGCUAUCGAUUAACGCCCUGGACCAGAGUUAACCUAUUACCUACUCUGCCUUAUAUUCACAAUGACCCCCCCCCCCCCCCCCCCCCAACCAGAGUCCAGUGUUAAAAGGGAAAACAAUUGUGCGUUAACGCACUUUUUGUCUGUAUCUUGUUGUCUGUAUUGUGCCAUUUUGUCUGUAUCCAAAACUCCAAAAUGGCACCCUAUUCCCUAUAUAGCACAUUACUUUUGAUCAUGGCCCUCGACGAAACGCAAUGGGCCCUUGGUGAACUAUAUAGGGAAUAAAUAUGGUGCCACUUUCGGACACACCUUUUGUGUGUCUUUUCUAAGAGGUUGGUUGAAUGGUGGGUAGAUUUUAUGGUACACACAAUGGAUGGGCGAAUGCAAUAUAGUGAGUGCCUCCUGCAGUAGCUGGCUGCCAACACGCAUUAAUGAUUUUGAUAAAGAAUAAACUACAAUGUAGCUAUGUGUAA